AUGGCAAGUACGGCAUGUUUUAUGAUAGUCAGCAGGAACGACAUUCCCAUAUACGAAGCCGAAGUCGGCACUGCACCUAAAAAAGAAGAUGCUGCACAUCUGCACCAGUUCAUACUUCAUGCCGCCUUGGAUAUUAUUGUCCAGGACCUUGCUUGGACAACAAGUGCUAUGUGA